AUGGUGGUCCCAAUCACGAAGAAGUGGGAAUCAACUAGAGCCCGGAUUCAAGUGGUUCAACAUGACAAGGUUAUACAAUUGAUAGCGUUCUUGAAUGACUUCCACCAUGGAAAGUGCAUGAACUUUGUACUCAAAGGCACCGAUGUAUACGAAAACUUCACCCGCUCGGGCAAGUUUUGCAUUAAGCUGUGUGAUGCCAAGUUUGCGCUACCAAAAACCGGCGAUGAUCCCAUGUCUAGUUUCAUCUGCUUGGACAUGCCCGAUUUCCCUAGCGAGAAUGAUGAUAUUUCGAUUGGCUUCGAUUCUGAAGCUGACCGAGCCAAUCUGCAUGCUGCUCUUCCAGGAUCGUCUCGGGAAGCAUCUCGAAUGAGUUCUCUUCGGCGGUAAACCCGCGUCUACCAAAUGACACUGUAUCUAUGUGGCCACCAUUGAUGACUUGUAUAUACCAUGAUAUGAAUAUUACGCAAUUGAACGGCGGACCCACGUGUCACGUGUCACCCCUCUCUUCCGGUCUUUCCCCCACUUCUUUCAAGAACCUGGCGUUGAAUCCGCUG